AUGGUCCAGGUGCAUUGGAACUCGAAGAGGAGGGCGCACGUGGACAAGCCACCAGCAGGUAGAGGCACAGAGUGCACUGCUCGGCAACAGCAAGAAGGCCUUGGUACAGCAUCCCUACGGCCCUACUUACGCGCACGGCUAGAGCUGCCCCUCUUUGCUACCUGGUGCAGAGCUGCAGGAGGCGCUCUUCAGCCCGGGUUUCAAAGGCCGGAUCCGGAGCUGUUCAGCGAAGCACCUCUGCGACGCUCGCGCUUCAAAGCCCAGCGCGAAGCUCUCCUCGCCUCGGGCAUGCGCCUAAGCCUAGAGCCUGGACGGAGCUUGUGCUCCUGCUGGGCAGCGCAGCUUUGGCCGCAUUGGAGUCGCCAGCGCUGUGUCUACGGAGGCACGUGCCGCGGCAACGCCAAGGAGGCUUUGUGCGGCGGGCAGCUCGGGACUCGCGCCUGCCUUCAUGGAAAGCACCUCAAAAACAAGCAUCUUUGGGAGGCUCGGGUGAGAUCACCCGGCAAAGCAGAGGAAACUGCCUCAGCUCUUCAGAGAAAGAGGCGGACAGGAGACGAAGAUCGCCGUGUCAUCGUCCCAGCAGUGCAGAAAAUGGAACGCAUCGAAGAGCCAGGAGGCACAGGGCACAUUCCUCCGCAACUUUCUCGGCACCGGACGGCAGACCUCUGCAUCUCACGGUUUGAGACCGGCUUUGAGCCGUUGGAGCCCUGGAGCUGCACCUCUGCUAGAACAGAGGCACGCAGCCAUGCACCGAUGAACCAGUCUCUGAUGGGGCCCCUGGUGAUCCUUUGUUUGGGACAAAGGGAGUAUCGAGCAUGGAGGGAGAACUUUCAAAGCUUUGGCCUGAACGGCUAUGGAACAUCGGCCUCCCUGCUAGACUCGCCCGCAAGCCUGGUUUCAACAGAGCGUCUCAAAAGGCCUGCAGUGUACCGGCACUCGAAGCCCGACAAUGCAGUCGGAGCGGCAGAGUCCACUGCAGCAAAGGCAGGGCGCGCUCGCAAGCCACGGCGUUCCCAGCACCAUGCAGUGCUUAGCGGCUUAGCCGUGCUUACCGUCAUGCCAGGAGAUGCCGUCGGCAUAUCCUCGCGGGACAGAGACCACGUCACUGUCAGUAGAGCACUGGACUUACGAGAAGCUCCCGAGCAAG